CCCACAGCUUUGGGAUCGCUUUGGGAUCGGCCCCGGGGCUCCGGGAUCGCUUUGGGAUCGGCCCCGGCUUUUGGGAUCGCUUUGGGAUCGGCCCCGGCUUUUGGGAUCGGCGCCGCCCUUUGGGAUCCCCUCUGGGAUCGCCUUUAGGACCCGGCGCUCGGGAUCGGCCCCAGUGCCCGCGGCCAUGACUCCGUACCGGCAGGAGCUGGAGAAGUACCGGGACAUCGACGAGGACAAAAUCCUGCAGGAGCUGUCCCCGGAGGAGCUGGCACAGCUGGACAGCGAGCUGGCCGAGAUGGACCCCGAGAACGUGCUGCUGCCAGCGGGGCUGCGCCAGCGGGACCAGACCCACAAGAGCCCCACGGGACCCCUGGACAGGGAGAAACUCCUGCAGCACCUGGAGCGCCAGGCGCUGGAGACAGAGGAGAGACAGGACCUGGUGCCCUUCACCGGAGAGAAAAAAGGGAAGCCGUUUGUCCCCAAGCCCCGGGGGCCGGCGCUGCCGCGGGAGGAGCAGGUGACGCUGGAGCCGGAGCUGGAGGAGGCGCUGGCCAAAGCCACCGAGGCCGAGAUGUGCGACCUGGCCGCCAUCCUGGGCAUGUACACGCUGAUGAGUAACAAGCAGUACUACGAUGCCAUCUGCAGUGGGGACAUCUGCAACACCGAGGGCAUCAACAGUGUGGUACAGCCGGACCGGUACCGGCCGGUUCCGGACGAGCCCCCAAACCCCACGGACGUGGCCGAGACGCUGCGGCGGCUGCAGGAGAACGACCCCGAGCUGCUGGACGUCAACCUCAACAACAUCAAGGACAUCCCUGUCCCCACGCUCGAGGCCAUCUGCGGGGCCAUCAAGACCAACACCCACGUGCGCAGCCUCAGCCUGGUGGCCACGCGCAGCAACGACCUCGUGGCCAACGCGGUGGCCGAGAUGCUGGAGCAGAACCGGAGCCUGCAGAGCCUCAACCUCGAGUCCAACUUCAUCAGCGGCGCCGGCGUCCUGCGGCUACUGGAGACCGUGGGACAGUGCCACACGCUGAGUGAGCUGCGCCUGGACAACCAGUGCCAGCGCUUUGGUGACACGGUGGAGAUGGCCCUGGCUGCCACCCUGGAGCGCUGUCCCUCCCUGCUCCGUCUCGGUUACACUUUCACCCUGCAGGGCCCGCGGGCGCGCGCCGCCGCCGCCCUCACCCGCAACAGCGAGAUCCGUCGCCAACAGAAGAAAUCCUAAAAAUCCCCCGAGCUCGGAAAGCUCCGGAAUAAACUGGAAAAAGGCUGGAAAAAAGUGUGGAUUUGGGAAUUCCCGGGAAAAUUCCCGCUGGGAAUGUGGGAAAAGGGGGGGGACAGGGAUGGGAGGGGUCCCCAGAACCCCCAAAUCCCUUCCCGGGGAAUUCACGGCUCUGCGGAAAAAAAUGCAAAGGGAAAAGUUCUGUUCUCCCCCAGAAAAAUAAAAAUUGAAAAUAAAAAUUCUGCUCCCUCCAAAAUCCUAAAGAAAUCCCAAAAA